CAUUAAUUUGGGUAUAGAUCCUUGUGAAAUGAGUAAAAAUCCUGGCAAUUGCACUGAUUCACAAACUAGAGUUUACUAUGACACAACUCAAGAGCAAUGCCUUACAUUUCAAUAUACUGGCUGUGGUGGAAACACAAACAACUUUAAAAACUUUGUGGAAUGCUCAAACACAUGUAGCUGUCCUAGUAAUAUGAAACUAGAGGAGUGUCAGCAAGAUCCCUGCUUAACAUCAUCUUGCCCUAACUUCCCUCAUUCACAGUGUCUAGCUGAUUAUUGUGGUGGUUGCAAAGCCAGGUUCUAUGAGUAUGGAAAAGAAGUCACUGACAUUUGCUCAUGUCCUAGAACUCAGUCCUUAUUGUCUUGUCCUUCAAACUGUACUCCUACCUGCAGGAUGCCCUCACCAACCCAUUGCACUACACCAGUUACCUGUUCACCUUCUUGUGGCUGUGCUGUUGGGACAGUUCUUGAUGAGUUAACUAAUCAUUGUAUUCCUCCAACAUCUUGUGACACAUGUAGUCUUUCAUUGAGUGUUGGACCAUGCAAAGGUAACUAUCCAAGAUGGUUCUUCAAUUCAACUGCUCAAGAGUGUCAGUUGUUUUCUUAUGGUGGUUGUGAAGGAAACAGCAACAGGUUCACAUCAUUGGCAGCUUGUACUGAUAAGUGUGGUUGUCCACAGAAUAAGUCUUUACCAGUACAUUGCAGUGUAGACCCAUGCCAGGGCUCAGAGUGUCCAGCAUAUCCAAACAGUAAAUGUGAAGUUGACAAGUGCAUUAGUACUGGUGAAUGUACUGCUAGACAUUAUUCACUCUUUGAUGAUAUCACUAGUCAGUGUGAUAUUUGUGGUCUACCAGUUAAUCCUGGUAGCUGUGAUGGUAAUGUAACACGUUGGUAUUUUAACAAAGAGGAAAGAAAAUGCCAGCAAUUCAUUUACAGUGGAUGUGAUGCUAAUAGAAACAACUUUGAAACAUUAUCUGAGUGUCUUCGC